GGCAGCCGCCGCCGCCGCCGCCCGCGCGUCCUAGCGCCUCCGCUCCGGGGCUGGGCUCCGAGUUCCAGCGCGCCGGGCUCCGCCGUAGCCAGCCAGCAUGUCCGAGGUCAAGAAGCAGAAGACGGAGAACCAGCAGAAAUCCACCAAUGUCGUGUAUCAGGCCCAUCACGUGAGCAGGAAUAAGAGAGGCCAGGUGGUUGGAACACGGGGUGGUUUCCGAGGAUGUACCGUAUGGCUGACAGGUCUCUCUGGUGCUGGGAAAACAACGAUCAGUUUUGCUCUGGAAGAGUAUCUCGUCUCCCACGCCAUCCCUUGCUACUCCCUCGAUGGGGACAACAUCCGUCGUGGCCUCAACAAAAACCUUGGAUUCUCUCCUUGGGACAGAGAAGAAAAUAUCCGCCGGAUUGCAGAGGUGGCCAAGCUGUUUGCCGACGCUGGUCUGGUCUGCAUUACCAGCUUCAUUUCUCCUUUUGCAAAGGAUCGGGAGAAUGCCCGCAAAAUCCAUGAAUCGGCAGGACUGCCCUUCUUUGAGAUAUUUGUAGAUGCGCCUCUAAACAUUUGUGAAAGGAGAGACGUAAAAGGCCUCUACAAACGGGCCCGAGCUGGGGAGAUCAAAGGGUUUACGGGUAUUGAUUCUGAUUAUGAAAAGCCUGAAACUCCCGAGCUUGUGCUUAAAACCAAUUUGUCCUCCGUGAGUGACUGUAUGCAGCAGGUGAUAGAGCUUCUACAGAAGCAGAACAUUGUACCCCACACUGUAAUCAAAGGCAUCCACGAACUCUUUGUGCCAGAAAACAAACUCGACCAAGUCCGAGCUGAGGCCGAAGCACUCCCUUCGUUAUCAAUUACCAAGCUGGAUCUUCAGUGGGUCCAAGUUUUGAGUGAAGGCUGGGCCACUCCGCUCAAAGGUUUUAUGAGAGAAACGGAGUACUUGCAGGUUAUACACUUUGGCACCCUGCUAAACGAUGGAGUGAUCAACAUGAGCAUCCCUAUAGUACUGCCCGUCUCUGCAGAUGAUAAGACACGGCUGGAAGGCUGCAGUGAGAUUGUCUUGACACACGAAGGACGGAGGGUGGCUAUCUUACAAGAUCCUGAAUUCUACGAACAUAGAAAAGAGGAGCGUUGUUCCCAUGUGUGGGGCACAACGUGUGCAAAACACCCCUAUAUCAAAAUGGUGAUGGAAAGUGGGGAUUGGCUGGUUGGUGGUGACCUUCAGGUGCUGGAAAGAAUACAGUGGAAUGAUGGUUUGGACCAAUACCGCCUGACACCUCUGGAGCUCAGACAGAAGUAUAAAGAAAUGGAUGCUGACGCAGUGUUUGCAUUCCAGUUGCGCAAUCCCGUCCACAAUGGCCAUGCCCUGUUGAUGCAGGACACCCGCCGCCGGCUCCUGGAGAGAGGCUACAAGCACCCGGUCCUGCUGCUCCACCCCCUGGGUGGCUGGACCAAAGAUGAUGACGUGCCCCUGGACUGGCGGGUGAAACAGCACACAGCUGUGCUGGAAGAAGAGGUUCUUGAUCCCAAGUCAACCAUUGUUGCCAUCUUCCCAUCUCCCAUGUUAUAUGCUGGCCCCACAGAGGUCCAGUGGCACUGCAGGGCCCGGAUGGUUGCAGGGGCCAAUUUCUACAUUGUGGGCCGGGACCCUGCAGGAAUGCCCCAUCCUGAGACCAAGAAAGACCUGUAUGAACCCACUCACGGCGGCAAGGUCUUGACCAUGGCCCCUGGCCUCACAUCUGUGGAAAUCAUUCCAUUCCGAGUGGCUGCCUACAACAAAGCCAAGAAAGCCAUGGACUUCUAUGAUCCAGAAAGGCACAAUGAAUUCGACUUCAUCUCAGGAACUCGUAUGAGGAAGCUGGCCCGGGAAGGCGAAAAUCCCCCAGAUGGCUUCAUGGCCCCCAAAGCAUGGAAAGUCCUGACAGAUUAUUAUGCGUCCCUGGAGAAGAACAACUAAAUGCCCUUCAGAGCCCUUUUUGCUCUUUGAUUUCUUUUUCUAUUUUUGUGAUUACUUUUCAAUUGCUUUUCAAUGAUUGAUUUUAGUUUAUAUAUAUGUAUAUAUACCACACACAUGUGUAUGUAUGUGUGUGUGGUCCAUAUAUAGUAUAUACAGUAAAACAGAAGACCAAACUUUAGCAGGUAAAAGAAAUAUUGUUAUCAUUUCAGAAUGAAAUUACUUUUCUGCUGCAUCUGAGCGGUAGCUCCUAUUUUCUUAAAGCUUUGACCUUGUGUCUACUUGCCAAAAAGUAAAGCGUAUUUUCCAGCUGAAGUCUUGCCAACUUGCACUCUAAAAGAAAAUCUCACCCUAAAUGAGGGGUUGCUCACGUCAAGAUUCUCCUUUGUUUCCCUCAUGCCCAAAUCCAGCGUUAAUGCUCAGGCUCUUCUGUGCUGAUGUAUGACCCGACUGGAGAAACCCAAUGAGUGAAAACGUGAAGUUAGUCUCAGAGAGAUAUGCAAUCUAGUUCUGCCACAAAAAUUACAUUGUCUAAUAAGUCUUUUUUCUGUGAAUAAUAGAACUCCAGUUAAAUGGUGACUUUUAAUUAAAUAGCAUACAGGGCUUUGAUGAAAAGAUUUGCACUCAGGCCUCAAACAGUCUGGCAAUGUGGAGACUUAAUAUUUUUUCUCCUCUUUGCUGUGGUCAUUGUGUUCCACGGAGAUGCUGCACCUAUUAACUGCAGUGGAAUUGGCUGUGACCAGACAUGAUUCAGACCCAUCAGACUAUUGAGCUGCUGGAACCGGACAAAAACACAGGAAAAGUCAACUUCAUCUUACAGGUGACCAGACUAAGAUGAUGCACGAGCACAGGCUUGGUGAGGGCACUGUAACUAAAGUCCCAAAUUGGCAUUUUGGAAGUGCUGGUGGCACAGAAGGAGCACCCAGCUCUCCUGACUCAGGCUGAUAUACCGUCUGCACUGUACAACACAGGAGCUGGGUCUGGCUCCUGUCAACCGCUCAACAAAACUCCUUAACAGAGGCCACUUAACCAAGAAGUUUUCUUGGGUGCUGAAAGGUCCAGUUUUUUAAAACCCAGCUGAUUUUAUUACAGUUGGGGAAAAAAAAAAAAAAAAAAAACUUUUCCAAAGACUCAGCAUGCUGCUCAGAUAUCCAACCUCUGAUGGCUUUACUCUCUGGGAGGCAAUCUGGCCCCUUAUGUGUAAUUCCGUGUUAGGAAUAUAUGAAGAAAUAGUACCUUUUGUAAACAGGUCUCUCUGGAAGAGACUCUGGAAAGAGAAAACUGUGAUUUUUUUUUCAUAUUCAGUUUUUAAAAGAAAAUGCUAAUCCAAGCUAAUGAAACUUCUUUUGAGAAAUAAAUCACAAUGGCCACAGCAAAGUAUGACUAUCUUGAAUAGUGUUAUAGUGCCUAUAUUCAGGUAAUCAGAGGUCCUACUGCCUUUUAAGAAACAGCAUGAAAACACAGGACAAGAUGCAGUGCCUUAAUCAAUAUAUUUUGUGAGUUUUUAAUAUAUUUAAAACUGCUCUUCUGCUUGAGUAGCACUUAGUGCAAAUCACAAUUU